AUGACGACUGCCGUCGACUUUUGCUUCGUCGACGCUGAAGACGAGCCGGUGGAGCUGGAACGCUUCUACUUUACGAUCUUCGACGUCGACCAGCAGCGAAAGGAGAACCGCCAUUCGGAGCUUCUAUGCGUCGACUCGGACCAGUACGACUCCUACGUCCUCGCCGGCGCGACGUCGCUCGACAUCGAGGAGCGCGACGUCGCCUGCGACGGCUCGCCCGGCGCGUCGACGACCUUCGCGUCGACGUCCGCGGGCUUUGAGUGCGCCGAUUGUGCCCAAUGCGCGGAGAACGAGGCUCUCGCGGAAUACUUCCCAAUCGACCAAAGCGCGCGUUCGGUCAUGUUCGUCUUCAAGCAGCCGCGGGACUGCUUCCGACUGGUUUAUGACGUUCCCUGCGACGAUUGCUUCCUCGACGCAACAACGGGCUUCAACGGCGGCCGCAAUUUCAUCUUCGGCGGGUCCUCGAGCCUCUGCGACUGGCCGACGCGCGCGCCAACGCACGCGCCGACGACGGGCCGGCCCACGGAGUCGCACGCGCCGUCGGCCACGGCGGCGCCCUCCGUCGCGCCGACGGCGUCCGCGCCGCCCUCGGCGACGCCCGCGCCGUCGGGCACGGCGUCGCCCACGGCCGCGCCAACGACGGCCGCCCCGAGCUACACGCCGGCGCCGACGGCGACGGCGUCGCCGACCGUCGAGCCGUCGUCGCCCCUGCCGAGCGCGUCGCCCGCGCCGUCGGCGCCGACGGCCGCGCCGUCGACGCUGUGGAACAUCUGUGACGGGCCGGAGUACGAGCUCUACAUCGAAGGCUCGAUCUUAAAAGCGAACAACCUCGGCGGCGUCGGGCCCGGCGACGACUCGGACGAGGUCCUUCGCUACUCGGAGGUCACAGAAAAGGACGGAAGGCCCGUCGACCUCGUGGUGAGCGUGCAGGACGGCCACGAAUACGAAGUGGCUGAUAAUUACGCGGACUAUCAAGGCGUCUGGGAGAUGUUCGGCCAGAUAAACGUGCGCGACGAUUCGACGGCGCACUUACGCUUCAGUUUCGUGGACAGCGAGACCGACGAGCCCGUCGUCUUGAGACGCUUCUACGUGACCGUAUUCGACAUCGACCAGCAGCGCCACACCGAACGGCUAUGCUUGAACGACGAUCAGUUCGACGAAUACGUGCUGAGAGACUCGACGUCGCUCAACGUCGAGACCCACGACACCGCGUGCGAUGGCUCCGAGGGCUCGUCGGUCACCUUCGCGUCGACGGCCGCGGGAUUCAUCUACACGACAGGCGAGGAGUGCGACCAAUGCGUGGACCAGGGCUUCGACGAGUACUUCCCCAUCGACCAGGCUGAACGAAGCGUCAUGUUCGUCUUCCGGGCGCCGCGGUCGAGCUUCGACCUGUCCUACACGCUGCCCUGCGUGGACUGUUUCCUCGAUGCGACGACGGGCUUCAACGGCGGGCGGAACUUUCUCUUCGGCGGGUCGUCGUCGCUCUGCAUCUGGCCGACGCCCACGCCGACGGUGGCGACGACCGAGUAUUGGGGCAUCUGCGACGGGCCGGAGUACGAGCUCUCCAUCGACGCCACGGAGAUCACGAUGAACAACCUCGGCGGCGUCGGGCCGAACGCCGACGACGACCCUGUCCUGCGCUACGCGCACGUCACCGAAAAAGAUGAAAGGCCCGUGGACCUCGUCGUCAGCGUGCGGGACGGCCAUGAAUAUCUCACGGCAGAUAACUUUGCCGAAUACCAGGGCGCCUGGGAGAUGUUCGGCCAGAUCAACGUUCGCGACGAUUCGACGGCGCACCUCACGUUCUCCUUCGUCGACAGCGAGACGUCCGCGCCGGUCGUGCUGGAACGGUUCUACGUCACUGUCUUCGACAUCGACCAGCAACGUUCGGAGAACCGUCACACGGAGCGUCUAUGCGUGGACAACGACCAGUACGACGAGUACGUCCUCCGCGAGUCCGCGUCGCUAGUGUUCGAGGCGCAGGACACCGCGUGCGACGGCUCCGAGGGCUCGUCGGUGACGUUUCAGUCCACGGAGGCAGGCUUUAUCUGCGAGGACUGCGACCAAUGCAUCGACCAAGGCUUCGACGAGUACUUCCCCAUCGACCAGGCCGAACGAAGCGUCAUGUUCGUCUUCCGCGCGCCGCGGUCGUCCUUCGACCUGUCCUACACGCUGCCCUGCGUGGAUUGCUUCCUCGACGCGACGACGGGCUUCAACGGUGGGCGGAACUUCCUCUUCGGCGGUUCCUCGUCGCUCUGCGUCUGGCCGACGCCCGCGCCGACGUCGCGGCCGUCCGACGCGCCGACGCGCGUGCCCGCGACGCCGACGGCCGUCCCGACGUCGAGCGCGCCGACGACCGACGACUUCUACUGGCACACCUGCGAGGAUCCCUUCCACGACUUCUCGCUGGAGAACGACGUCGCGGGCGCCGGCGAGCUCCUGCGCUUCGCCGCCGCGACGACGCUCGACGGCGCCGCCGUGGACCUCGUCGUCGCCGCGGCCGACGGCGCGGCCGGCGACGGCGUCUCCGGCGCCACGCGGGACAAGUUCGGCUUCGUCGGCGUCCCCGACGACGCGCGGGUCGACCUCGAGCUCGCCUUCGAGGACGCCGGCGGGGACGCCGUCGCGCUCCGGCGCUUCUACGUGUCCGUCGUCGACAUCGACGUCGAGGCCGGCCGCCGCGAGGAGCUCUGCGUCGACGACGGCGAGUACGACGAGUACGUUUUGGGCAAGAACAGCUCGCUCUCCGUCGAGGCGCGCGACGCGGCGUGCGACGGCGGGCCCGGCGCGUCCACGGUCUUCGCGGCGACGGAGGCGGGCUUUUCCUGCGACGAUCCCACGAACCCCAUGCGCCUGAACACGGUCUUCUGCGAGGAGUGCCGCGAGUGCCUCGACGACGGCCUCGAGCUCGUCUCAGCGCUCGCCUUCCCCGUGGUCCACACGGAGCGCGGCGUCAUGUUCGUGCUCCGCGAGAAGCGGAGCGCCAUGCGGCUGUCCUACGCGGUCGCCUGCGACGGCUGCGAGGCCGGGGGCGCGUCGGGGAUGCUCUUCGCCGGGGCCUCGUCGCUCUGCACCUUCGAGUCCGAGGCCUGGGAGACGUGCAACGACGGCGACGCGACGCUCCAGCUCGAGGGCGCGGAGCUCGUCUCCAACAAUUUGGGCGGCGCGGGGCCCGUCUUCUCGGACCCCGAAGUGCUCCGCUACGCCGGCGUCGUCGAGCGGACGGACGACAGCCCCGUGGACCUCGUCGUGAGCGCCGUUGACGGCGCCUACAGGACGGCGGACAACUACGCUUUGUACCAGGGCCUCUGGAACCAGUACGGCCAGAUCAACGUCCGCGACAACAGCACCGCGCGCCUGCGCUUCUCGUUCGUCGACGCGGCGACGGACCUGGCCGUGGGGCUCGAGCGCUUCUACGUGACGAUCUUCGACAUCGACCAGCAGCGGAAGCCGAACCGGCACCGGGAGAUGCUCUGCAUCGACGACGACCAGUACGAGGACUACGUCCUCGGCGGGGACCCGACGCUCGACGUGUCGUCGUCGCCGCGGCGCUGCGACGGGUCGGCCGGGUCGACGUCGACGUCCUUCCUCUCGACGGCCGCGGGCUUCAUCUGCGACAACCCGAGCGGCGCGGCGAGCGACCCGCUGGACCUCGGCACCGUCGUCUGCGCCGAGUGCGACCAGUGCGUGGCCCAGGGCUUCGACGCCUACUUCCCGAUCAACCAGGCGGACCGGAGCGUCAUGUUCACCUUCGAGAAGGAGCGCAUGUCCUUCGACCUCUCCUACACGCUGCCCUGCGAGGACUGCUUCCUCGAGGAGCUCACGGGCUUCAACGGCGGGCGCAACUUCCUCUUCGGCGGCGAGUCGAGCCUCUGCGCCUGGCCCACCAUGGCCCCGACGGCGCCGGCGUGGGUCACGUGCUCCGGGUCCGACGUCGCGCUCGAGAUCGAGGGCGCGGAGCUCGUCGCGAACAACCUCGGCGGCGCGGGGCCCGCGUUCGGCGACGAGCCCGUGCUCCGCUACGCGGACGUCUGGCGCGGCGACGGGAGCCCCGUCGACCUCGUCGUGAGCGUCCAGGAGGGCACGGACUACGCCGUCGCCGACGACUACGCCAACUACCAGGGCCUCUGGAACCAGUACGGCCAGAUCAACGUCCGCGACAAUUCGACGGCGCACCUCGUCUUCUCCUUCGUGGACUCGGCGACGGAGCGGCCCGUCGGCCUCGAGCGCUUCUAUUUCACGAUCUUCGACAUCGACCAGCAGCGCAACGAGAACCGGCACCGCGAGAUGCUCUGCGCCGCUUCGGCGUCGACGAAGCGUGGCGCUCCGAUGCUUACUUUGGACCGCGCAGGUAUCGACGACGACCAGUACGACGACUACGUGCUCGGCGGCGACCCGACGCUCGAGAUCUCGCGGCGCGCCACGCGCUGCGACGGCUCGGCCGGGGCGUCGACGACGUUCCUCUCGACGGCCGCGGGCUUCGAGUGCGACAACCCCCAGGACCCCCAGUUCCUGGGCACCGUGGCGUGCGAGGACUGCGCGCAGUGCGUGGACCAGGGCUUCGACGAGUACUUCCCCAUCGACCAGGCGGACCGCAGCGUCAUGUUCACGUUCCGCGAAGCGCGCGACUCGUUCACCCUCUCCUACACGCUGCCCUGCGCGGACUGCUUCCUCGACGCGACGACGGGCUUCAACGGCGGGCGCAACUUCCUCUUCGGCGGCGAGUCGAGCCUCUGCGCCUGGCCGACGCCCGCGCCGACGGCGCCCGCGGACGCGUGGCCCGCGUGCGACGGCGCGGCGUACGACUUCGACCUGAGCGCCGCGACGCUCGCCGCGAACGACCUCGGCGGCGCCGGGCCGGACGCGGGCGACGCGCCCGUCAUCCGCUACGCCGGCGCCACGGUGAAGGACGCCCGUCCCGUGGACCUCGAGGUCUCCGCCGUCGGCGAGUACCUCCCCGCGGACGACCUCGCGGGCCAGGGCCUCGACGGCGCCGUCGGCCGCGUCUCCGUGCGCGACAACAGCACGGCGCGCCUGAGAUUCGCGUUCAAGGACGGCUACGACGGCGGCAGCGUGGACCUCGCGGAGUUCUACGUGACGUUUCUCGACUUGGACGGCGACGCGGACCCCCGGCGCCACCGCGAGACGCUCUGCGUCGACGACGACGCCUUCGACGACUACGUCGUGUCCGAAAAUUCCGAGCUCGCCGUGGCGGCGCGGGAGCGCCGGUGCGACGGGUCCCGCGGGUCGUCCGUGACGUUUUCGUCGACGGCCGCCGGCUUCGACUGCGACGACGCGGCGGCGCCGGACGACCUCGAGCUCGUCACCUGCGCGCGCUGCGACGAGUGCGCCGCCGAGGGCUUGGACGCGUUCUUCCCCGUGGACCAGAGGGACCGGGCCGUCAUGCUCGUCUUCCGCGAGCCGCGCGCGUCCUUCGAGGUCUCCUACGGCGUCCCGUGCCUCGACUGCCUCACGCCGGACCUCGUGGGCUUCCACGGCGGGCGCCACGCGUCCUUCGCCGGCGCCUCGAGCCUCUGCAGCUGGCCGACGUCCGCGCCGACGCUGAGCCCGAAGCCGUCGACCCGCCCCACGGUGACGAAUGUUACCGGCGCGCCCUCGACGAGCCCCGCGCCUUCUCUGAGCCCCGCGCCGACGGCGAGCGUCGCGCCGAGUGCGGCGGCCCCCGACGUGCUCGUGCUGUCCCAGGACAGCGCUAGCUCCGAGGCCCAGGAGGUCACGGUGCUCGUCGCCGGCGCCGAGGUGCGCGCCUGCCCGCUGUCCAUGGUGCUCCUGAGCGGCCUCGCGGCGACGGCGGCCGUCGGCGCCGUGCGCGCGCGCGUGCCCAUGGUCGACAAGGUGCCCACGGGCCCGGAGACGACGGCGGCCCUGCUCGGGGGCAUCGCCGACGCGGGCAUGGACGCGGCCUUCAUGUGCGAGCAGUACCACCGCGAGAACAACCGGGCCUUCUUCUGGGCGUCGCUCCUCGCCGCGCUCGCGCACUCGACGCUGGGGUCCGCGCUGCUCCUGCGGCUCGUGCGCCACGCGCGGCGCCGCGACCUCCUCGACGGCGCGCUCAUGGGCGAGCACCGCAGCCUCUUCGCGGCCGUGCUCGUCUUCGCGACGACGCACAAGGCCGACCUGGGCAAGCUGCUGCCCUGGCGGCGGUCCGCGGGCGCGGAGCUCUACGACGUCGAGCACCGCGACGGCACGGUCGAGCGCCGCGUCGGCGAGGAGCUCCUCCGGCAGCGCGAGAAAAUGGCGGCGGCCGUCGUCGGCGGCGGGCCCGCGGCGGCGGACGCCGUCGAGGUGUCGAGCGACGACGAGCCGCCCGCGGACGACGGCCGGCCGCUCAAGCGCGGCGCGCGCGUCGAGGCGCGCUACGCGGGCGGCGACGACCUCUACUUCCGCGGCCGCGUCGUCGCCGUGUCCCCCGCGGGCGACCUCUUCGACGUCAGAUACGACCACGGCGAGACGGAGGCCUGCGUGCACCGGAGCCGGCUCCGCCGCGUCUCGGGCUUCGAGGCGGGCGCCGUCGUCGACUACCAGGCGCCCGAGGGGUCCUGGCGCCGGUGCAAGGUCGUCAAGGCGCGGGGGCGCCGCGGCUCCGCCGCGGAGAAGUUCGGCUACCCGUCGUCGGCGCUCUUCGCGGCCGCGACGGCGUCGACGGUCAUCGGCUGCGCCGCGCAGCUCGCGGUCAAGGUCGCGGCCGUCGCCUACGGCCGCCGCGACGCCGUCACCGUCAUCAACCUGAGCUCCAACGCCUGCACCAUGCUCUACGCGCUCCUCAGCGUGCUCCGCCUCGCGCGGUCGCGGCUCUACCGGCGCCGCGGCCGCAAGGCGACGGCGCACGACACGGGCGUCGAGAUCUGGCGCCUCGUCGAGGCGCUCGUCGUCGAAGACGACGACGACGACAAGAAGCCCGCCGUGCGCGACGCCGUGGAGCUGCCAGCCAUCGAGAAGAAGAUGCUCGAGGACGCGCGCGACCCCUUCGAGGAGAUCGAGGACGCGGAGGCGAUCCGCAUCGACUUCGAGGCCGAGUCGCCCGCGAAGAACGAUUUGACGUGCGGCUGCGGGCCCGCGGCUAUGCCCGAGCCGGGCGUCGAGGCCUGGUACAACUACUUUAGCAGCAACGGCGGCACGCUCCAGCACGACGCCAUCGACCUGGAGCACCUCGCCGCCGUCGCCGCGGACGUCCACGCGAUCAUGGACGCGGAGAUCGCGCGCCUCGGCGGCGCCGCGCGCCGCGUCGCGCUCGGCGGCAACUCGCAGGGGGGCACGGUCGCGCUGCACGCGGCGCUGACGCACGCGCGGGGCCUCGACCUCGCGUGCCUCGUCCUCGGCUGCACGCUCCUGCUCGACGCGACGCCGGCGCCCCGGGAGCCGCCGGAGGACCCGCCGCCGCUCUUCAUCUUUAGCGCGGAGCGCGACAUGGAGUACCUGCCGGCGUUCCAGCGCCUCGCGUUCGGCCGCCUCGCGGCGGUCGGCUUCGACGUCGAGAGCCACGUCGAGCCGGGCCUCGACCACUACUCCGUGAGCCGCGCGGAGCUCUUCCACACGGCGGCCUGGCUCCGGCGGGCCCUGUUCGGCGACGCCGUCGUGCCCGAGUACCGCGACCGGCCGAACGCGCCGCCGGCGAAGUUCGACGACGUCAUGGACGCGCCGCUGCCCGCGUGGUGGCUCCAGGCGCUCCUGCACGGCCACCGGCAGCCCCACAAGCUCCACGACGAGGAGGUCGCGCUGAUGCCGGACGCCUGGCGGCCCGUGUUCUUCGCGGACGGAUCCAAUGAACGCGGCGGCAUGACGGAGACUCCCGAGCCGCUCGACGUCGUCGAGAUCGUCGGCAAGAAGGGCGCGCUCUGCCGCGCGGCAGCCGCGCUGUCGUCCGACGCCGUCGGCGUGCUGCGCCGGGGCACGGUCGUCGAGGUGCUCGAGCGCGCCGCCGUCGGCGGCACGGAGCGCCUCCGGCUGCGCGUCGCCGGCGCGUCGGCCUGGUGCAGCGCGAAGCUCGCGCGGCCCGCGGCGGCGCCGAGCCACGGCUGGGAGGUGCGCACGGACGGCGGCUGGUCCGCGUUCGACGUCGACGACGCCGGCGACGACGUCGACGCGAUGCUCGAGGCGAGCCUGGCGCGCAUGGACGAGGCGCCCGUGGCCUUUACGAAGAACCGCAUGCGCUACGAGGUGAGCGUCUUAGGGCUCGAGCAGCGGAACACGCGCUUCGGCACGUGCCGGAAGGUGCGGCGCCGCGCGCGGCGGCGGCCGCGCGCGCCGCGGCUCGGCGGCCCGGCGGCGGCGACGCGCGUCUUCGCGGUGAGCGACGUCCACGCCGACUACGAGGAGAACUGGGCCUGGCUCGAGGGCCUGCCCGUCGGGCCCUACCGGGGCGACGUGCUCCUCGUCGCCGGCGAUCUCGGCCACACGCUGCCGUUGCUCGCCGCGGCGUUCCUCAAGCUCACGGCCGUCUUCGGCGAGGUCUGCUUCGUACCCGGGAACCACGAGCUCUGGGUCGGCGACUUCGACGAGGACGCGCGGUCCGCGAAGGGGUUUUCCUCCAAGGCGCAGCCGCGCGUCCUCGAGAAGCUCGACCCGUCGUUCGUCGCGCGCGCGCGGGCGCUGGCGACGGCGGCCUGCGCGGCCGUGCCGCGGCGCGGGCCCGCGCUCGACUCCGUCGUCAAGUUCGAGCGCAUCGUCGCGCUCUGCGACGCGCUGGGCGUGCGCACGAAGCCCCUCCGGGUCGCCGUCGGCGACGGCGACGACCUCUGGGUCUGCCCCAUCGCCGCGUGGUACGUCCACGGCUUCGGCACGCCGUCGCCGCAUCCCGACGCCGUCGCCCGGGCGCGGUCCGAGUUCACGGACUUCACGCUGUGCGCGUGGCCCGACGACGUCGACGCCGCCCCUUCGCGCUUCGACGGCGACGCGGGGCCCGCGGCCUACUUCGCGGCGCGGAACCCGCCGCUGCCGGAGCCGUCGACGCGCGUCAUCACGUUCUCGCACUUCCUGCCGCGGCCCGAGCUCAUGCCCGCGAAGCGGCCGCCGUCCGCCGCGCGCCUCGACCUCGUCGCGGGCGACCGGCGCGUCGACGCGGCGCUCCGGGCCCGCGGGAGCCGGCUCCACGUCUUCGGGCACACGCACGUCAACUGGGACGCCUGCGCCGACGGCGUCCACUACGUCCAGAACGCGCUCCGCUACCCCAACGAGCGCCGCAUGUGGACGUCGCGCGUCGACAGCGUCCACCGCUGCGGCGGCGCGCCGCGGCGGUCGUCAAAUGCGUGCGUCCCCGUCGACCCGGAGAAGCGCGCGGCGGACGCCCUCGACGCGCUCCGGAUCUGGUCGUCGGAGGACCCCGACGACUUCUGCAUCCUGCCGAACCGGUGCUCGGCCUGCAAGUUCGCGGACCCGCCGCAGUCGGACUACUCCGCGUCGCCCGCGGCGGCGAGGACGGCGGCGACGGACGCGACGAAGCGCGCGCAGACGCAGCGCGCGGCGUCGCCCCGGGCGUCGUUCAGUGUCACGGCGAAGAGCGCGCAGCCCGCCGCGAGCGCCGCGACGAGCGACGAGGGGAACAUGUUCAGGAACGGCACGCAGUUCGCCGACAGUCCGCCGACGGCGACGGCGGCGACGAGCGCCGCCUGCGACGCGCCGGCGUCGCCGUAG